AUGGCGGCGGCCCGGGCGCUGGGCGUGCGAGCGGCCUGGCGGGGCUGGGCCCUGCUGGGGCCCACGCGGGUGUUGGGGCCGGUCCGGGGCCUGGCGGCCGCUCCCUGCCCGGAGCGCGGGGAGCCCCCGCCGCCCCCCCCCGGAGGCCGGGCCCGCUGGGCGCUGGCGGGGGCGGGGGCCGGGGCGCUGCUGCUGCUGCUCUGGGGCCGGGGCCGGGACUCGCCCGCGCUGCUGCCUCGGGUGCGCGCCGCGGUGCCGGUUCCCCCCGCGCCGCCCGGCUCCGCCCGCGCCGCCUUCAACUUCAUCGCCGACGUGGUGGAGAAAACCGCCCCCGCGCUGGUCUACAUCGAGAUCCUGGGCAGGCAUCCCUUCUCAGGCCGGGAGGUGCCCAUCUCCAACGGCUCUGGCUUUGUGGUGUCCCCGGAUGGCCUCAUCGUGACCAAUGCCCAUGUGGUGGCGAAUCGGCGGCGGCUGCGGGUGAAGCUGGCUAGCGGAGAGCUCUACGAUGCCGUGGUCCGUGAGGUCGACCAGGUGGCAGAUAUCGCCACCAUCAAAAUCAACCCCAAGCAACCUCUGCCCACGCUACCCCUGGGUCGCUCCUCAGAGGUGCGUCAAGGUGAGUUUGUUGUGGCUAUGGGCAGCCCUUUUGCUCUGCAGAACACCAUCACCUCCGGCAUCGUCAGCUCUGCCCAGCGCGGCAGCCAGGAGCUGGGCCUGGCCGAUUCCAACAUGGAGUACAUCCAGACCGACGCCGCCAUAGAUUUCGGGAACUCAGGGGGCCCCCUCGUCAACCUGGACGGCGAGGUGAUUGGGGUGAACACAAUGAAGGUGACCUCGGGUAUCUCCUUCGCCAUCCCCUCGGACCGGCUGCGGGAAUUCUUGCAGAAGGGGGAGCAGCGCAAGAGCUCCUGGUUCGGCAGCACGGAGGUGAAGCGCCGCUACAUUGGGGUGAUGAUGCUAACGCUGACCCCCAGUAUCCUGGCCGAGCUGAAGCUGCGAGACUCCAGCUUCCCUGAUGUCUCGUAUGGGGUCCUGAUCCACAAGGUGAUCAUUGGCUCCCCAGCCCACCAGGCAGGCCUGAAGGCGGGUGACGUUGUGCAGGAGAUCAAUGGGCAGACGGUGCGGCGUGCAGAGGACAUCUACGAGGCCGUGCGGACGCAGAACAGCCUGGCCCUGCUCGUGCGCCGCGGCCAUGACAUGCUGCUGGUGAACGUCAGCCCUGAGGUCACGGAGUAGAGAGAGCUGCCCAGCUGGCAGGGGCGCCGUGGACUUGGCUUGAAGCACACGAGCCGAGCCAGAGGCUCGGGGUGUCAGGCAGGAGGCCCCUUGCUGCCACACGGGGUGGUGCAGAGGAGACUUGGCCUUUGCAAGAGCCUGAAAUGCCCCAGCCAGCGGGGCUGGUCCUGGAACUGGCUCAUGGGGGGGGGGUGGCUGCUGUCUGCUUCCCUCAUCCCUAUUAAACCUCUC